AUGUCGUCCGAUUCGCUUGCCAUCUUCCGGAAAGGCCUGGGUCCCGACCUCAACGCGCUGGCAGAUAAGCACAUGAAAGACGACCUUACGCAAUCCGACCGAGACGCCCUCAAGAAAGCCGCCUCCACCGUAAGCACGCACACGCUCGUCGGCUCCCUCAUAGGCCUCUCGCUGGGCGCCUUCUUCGCCUUCCGCAUCCGCAGUGGACGCCAACGCAUGUUCCGCGCUUUUAAGACCGCAGAGAAGCCUCAAGCAGUGCGCUUCGCUGACGGACGUGAGGAGACGCUGCCUGACCUUACACCCCUCGUCAAGCCCAGCACGAUUGGCGAUAUCGCGACGUAUUCGUUGCUAGGGGCUGGAGGUAUCUUCUUCGGUGGGGAGACGGGGCUUUUAACGGGCUCUUUCAGGGCGAGGCAGCAGAUUGCUGCGGAUCGGGAGAGCAGGGAUAGGAUACAGAACGCCUUCAAGAGAUUUCAGGCGGAUGCGUUGAGGGAGCAGGCGAAGGCUCUGGAGAGCGGUGUGGAAAACCAUACCAAUGAGCCGAUUUGGGGGUUAUAA